GGAACAAGCGCCGAACAGGACAAUCGCUUCAGCAACAAGCAGAAGAAGCUGUUGAAGCAGUUGAAAUUUGCAGAAUGCUUAGAAAAGAAGGUGGACAUGAGCAAAGUAAAUCUGGAAGUAAUCAAACCAUGGAUAACAAAACGAGUAACAGAAAUCCUUGGAUUUGAAGAUGAUGUAGUAAUUGAAUUUAUAUUCAACCAGUUGGAAGUGAAGAAUCCAGAUUCCAAAAUGAUGCAAAUCAACCUGACUGGUUUUUUGAAUGGGAAAAAUGCUAGGGAGUUCAUGGGAGAACUGUGGCCACUGCUGUUAAGUGCACAAGAAAACAUUGCUGGUAUUCCAACUGCAUUUCUGGAACUGAAGAAAGAAGAAAUAAAACAGCGACAGAUAGAGCAAGAGAAACUGGCUUCUAUGAAGAAACAAGAUGAAGACAAGGAGAAGAGGGAUAAGGAAGACAAAGACAACAGAGAAAAAAGAGACAGAUCCAGGAGUCCGAGAAGACGCAAGUCAAGGUCUCCUUCCCCUCGAAGGAGGUCGUCGCCUGUCAGAAGAGAGCGGAAACGCAGCCAUUCUCGCUCCCCUCACCACAGAACCAAGAGCCGUAGUGCUACUCCUGCACCAGAAAAGAAAGAGGCGACUCCUGAGCCAGAACCCUCUGUAAAACCAAAGGAGACUGUUGUUCAAGAGGCAACUUCAAACAGUGAUAUCCCAAAAGCUCCUAAACCUGAGCCUCCUGUAGCAGAGACUAAGGAAACUUCACCAGAACGUAAUUCAAAGAAGGAGAGAGAGAAGGAAAAAGAGAAGACUCGUCAAAGAUCCCCAACUCGGUCCAAGUCAAGGUCAAGAUCUCGAUCACGUUCUCCAUCUCAUUCUCGACCAAGAAGGCGUCAUAGAUCACGGUCAAGAAGGCGACCGAGCCCAAGACGACGGCCAUCUCCAAGGAGAAGGAGCCCUCCAAGGCGAAUGCCUCCCCCUCCCAGACACAGAAGAAGCAGAUCCCCUGUGAGGCGGAGAAGACGGUCAUCAGCAUCCUUGUCUGGCAGUAGCUCUUCAUCCUCCUCCUCACGCUCCCGAUCACCACCAAAGAAACCACCUAAAAGAACUGUAUCCAGUCCUCCUCGUAAAACGCGUAGGCUCUCUCCUUCGGCAAGCCCUCCUAGACGGAGGCACAGACCAUCCCCACCAGCAAGUCCACCUCCAAAACCACGUAGGUCUCCAACACCCCAGCAGUCAAACCGUGCAAGAAAAAGCCGUGGCUCUGUUUCACCUGGCAGAGCAUCAGCACCCAAGCAUAAGAGUACUGAAAAAAGAGAAUCUCCUUCGCCAGCACCAAAACCAAGGAAAGCAGAACUGUCUGAAUCGGAAGAAGAUAAGGGAGGUAAAAUGGCUGCAGCAGACUCCGUUCAACAGAGGCGUCAGUACAGAAGGCAAAAUCAACAGUCUUCAUCUGAUUCUGGUUCUUCAUCUUCAUCUGAAGAAGAAAGACCUAAAAGAACCAAUGUGAAGAAUGGGGAGGUUGGUAGACGCCGACGCCAUUCGCAUUCACGCAGUCCGUCACCGUCUCCACGAAAACGACAGAAGGAAUCCUCCCCUCGUAGGAGGAGGAGAAGUCCAUCGCCCCCACCAGCCAGGCGGCGACGCUCUCCUUCACCCGCCCCUCCUCCUAGGCGGCGGCGCUCACCCUCGUUACCUCGUCGAAGGUCUCCAUCGCCACCCCCACGCAGACGUUCACCUUCUCCGCGGAGAUACUCUCCACCGAUACAGAGACGGUAUUCUCCUUCUCCACCACCUAAGAGAAGAACGGCUUCUCCUCCUCCCCCGCCUAAACGAAGGGCAUCACCCUCUCCACAGUCAAAACGCAGAGUUUCCCAUUCACCACCGCCAAAACAAAGGAGCUCGCCAGCCGCUAAAAGGCGUUCACCUUCGAUAUCUUCCAAGCACAGGAAGGGAUCUCCUCCCAGUAGGUCCAAUCGGGAAACACGUUCUCCACCACAAAACAAAAGGCAUUCACCUUCACCACGGCCUAGAGCUUCUCAUACCUCUGCAAGCCCACCACCACCACGAAGGGGAGCUUCAGCUUCACCCCAGAGAAGACAGUCUCCAUCUCCAAGCACUAGACCCAUCAGGAGGGUGUCAAGAACGCCAGAACCCAAGAAGACAAAGGUUUCCACACCAAGUCCACGAUCUGCGAGACGGGUGUCUUCAUCACGGUCUGCAUCGGGAUCGCCGGAGCCAGCACCGAAAAAACAUCAAGGACCUCCAUCUCCUACUCGCUCUCGUUCUCCUUCUGCAAACUGGUCACCCGCAAAAAAGGCUAAAAGCCCAACUCAGAGCCCGUCACCUGCAAGGAAUUCCGAUCAAGAAGGGGGUGGGAAGAAGAAGAAGAAAAAGAAAGACAAGAAGCAUAAAAAGGAUAAAAAGCACAAGAAACACAAAAAACAUAAGAAGGAGAAGGCUGCAGCAGCUGCAGCAGCUGCUGCUGUGGCUGCAGCAGAUACCACCUCAGCACAGGAAGACCAGGAAGCGGAGACAGAACCCAAAAAGGAGACAGAAAGCGAACCGGAAGACAACCUUGACGAUCUAGAAAAACACCUGCGAGAGAAGGCACUGAGGUCGAUGAGGAAGGCACAAGUGUCGCCACCAUCCUAGGCUGAAUCCUUUGAUAUAAUGUACAUUUUAUUUGGUUUGUACUCAGAAUUCAAUUUCAAAUUGCUAAAUGUGUUUGAGCUUUAGAAUAUAACAUUUGUUGUAAUAAUUGCUAGGUUGAGGUUCACCAUGUACAAAGGGCAUGGAUUUACAUUACAAAAGGUGUCCACAGUGUACUAGUGACAUUCUUUCAUUGACAAGUCAACAUAAUUUCAUUUAGAGUGAGACUUUUUAGAAGCAGUAGGAAUUUGUUUUGAAGGUUUUAAACAUGACCGUCAGUUCCCUAGUUUCUUUGAAAUUCAACAAAGCCUUUAGCAUAAUUUGUGAGGGUCUCAUUUGACUUCUUUUGUAUCCACUUACAUUAUGCUACUAACCUUGGUGGUUUGUAAGCUUGCCCAGAAGUAAAACCACUGCAGAAUUACCGAGGAAGUACGUAUAUUUUAAUGCUUUCUACUGUUGCCUGUAUAGUCUCCAUUAAAGCGAAUCAAGAGUAGCAAAUUAGAAUGGUACAUAAAUGAAAGCAUGUUGUUUACCAGGACACUGUGGGUUUAUAUUGAUGUAACAUGUUGAUUUGGAACACUGGAAUUUCAUUUGUAUUUUUAUGUUCUUUUUUUAAAGGGCAGUUUCCAUGAUCAGCAGUCCCAGAAAAAUUCCUUCAGUUACAUAAAUUUUGUUUGUGAGAUGUCGUUGCCCCAUUCAUAAAUCUUGUCUCGUUACGGUUCUUCUGAAUGGUAUAAGCAACUUUCAGAGAUGUGGUCUUUGAAAGUUUGAGGAACCUGAACUUUGGAUAUUGUCAUGUUUUCACUGUUUUUUGUUUUUGGUUUUUUUUUAACUAAAGCUAUAUAAAGCUUGUGGAUUAAACAAAAUAAAUUUCUAAAUUUAAACAGA